UUAUGACGCAAGCCCCAAAUUGUACGGUCACCAAACUACAUUUUGUAGAUUUUUUCUCACUCUCUCUCGUUUCUAGCUGCAACCUGCGCGCAACACCAAAGCAAAAGAAAAGAAAAGAAAAGAAAAGAAAAGAAAAAACCAAGAAAGAAAAUGCUUUGAUCUGGUUUCUGAAAACUAUAAAAGUAGCAACACACAAAAGAAAAAAAUGAAGACACCCGAUUUUUCUCCUUUCUGACUGACCUCAUCUUGCAACAGAAAUUCCAACAAGGUCUGAUCUACAAAAAGGGAAAGGAUAAUAAGACUUUUUGGAGGAUUUGAAAUUUUGGGUUGUGUUUUUUUAUUUUGGUUGGAUUAGGUUUUGUUAGGAUUUUUUUUUGGUUUUCUUAGGUUUGUGAAAUUAUGAGAACUUCAUGGGCAGAUUCUGUGACAAACGCUGUAUCUGAAAUUGCAGUUUCAGACAACAAUUCCUUAUCUCUUCCAACUCGAUCCACUUAUGUCCCGCCCCACCUUCGUAACCGUCCAGCUUCCGACGUACCUAACUUGUCAGGUCCGGCCAGUGAGAGGGCAAGUUUUAGCGGGACCGCUGGUGGGCCCCAGUGGCCCCGUUGGAGCGGCGGUGGCGGGACUAAGCCUGAAUUCGGGCGUCAGGGUCAGGGGUAUGGUUAUGCUGGAGCUGGAAGAGGUGGCAGCGGCGUUGGUUGGAAUAAUAGAAGUGGAGGUUGGGAUAGGAGAGAAAGGGAAGUAAACCCAUUUGGUGAUGAUGAUGAAGUUGAUGAUAGGGAACAAGGUUUUACUGAACAAGAGAAUAUGGGGAUCAAUUUCGAUGCAUAUGAGGAUAUUCCGGUGGAAACUAGUGGUGAAAAUGUACCACCGCCUGUAAAUACAUUUGCUGAGAUAGAUUUAGGGGAAAUGUUGAAUCAAAACAUUAGGAGGUGCAAAUAUGUGAAACCGACUCCAGUUCAACGUCACGCUAUCCCUAUUGCAUUAGGAGGAAGAGAUUUAAUGGCUUGUGCUCAAACUGGAUCAGGGAAGACAGCUGCUUUUUGCUUUCCAAUUAUUAGUGGAAUUAUGCGGGAGCAGUAUGUACAGAGACCGCGUGUAGCACGAACUGUUUACCCUCUUGCUCUGAUUCUAUCUCCCACAAGGGAGCUUUCUUGUCAGAUACACGAUGAGGCCAAAAAAUUCUCAUAUCAAACUGGUGUCAAGGUGGUAGUUGCCUAUGGGGGAGCACCAAUUAACCAACAGUUACGAGAGUUGGAAAGAGGAGUUGAUAUUCUUGUGGCAACUCCAGGACGAUUGGUUGAUUUGCUAGAGAGGGCUAGAGUGUCAUUGCAGAUGAUUAGGCACUUGGCCCUUGAUGAGGCAGAUCGCAUGCUUGAUAUGGGUUUUGAGCCACAAAUCAGAAAGAUAGUGCAACAAAUGGACAUGCCUGAUCGGGGUGUGAGACAGACAAUGUUGUUUAGUGCCACGUUUCCAAGAGAGAUACAGAGACUUGCAUCUGAUUUUCUUUCAAAUUACAUAUUCUUGGCUGUUGGGAGAGUUGGUUCAAGUACAGAUUUGAUUGUUCAAAGGGUUGAAAUUGUUCUUGAGUCUGAUAAGAGAAGUCAUCUCAUGGAUCUUCUGCAUGCACAGAGGGAAAAUGGAGUUCAUGGAAAGCAAGCUUUGACUUUAGUUUUUGUGGAGACUAAAAAAGGAGCUGACUCAUUGGAACACUGGCUAUACAUUAAUGGAUUCCCAGCAACAACCAUCCAUGGUGAUAGGACUCAACAGGAAAGGGAACUAGCAUUGAGAUCUUUCAAGAGUGGAAAGACCCCAAUUUUAGUAGCAACUGAUGUGGCUGCUCGUGGUCUUGAUAUACCCCAUGUAGCUCAUGUGGUCAAUUUUGAUCUUCCCAAUGACAUUGAUGAUUAUGUCCAUCGGAUUGGAAGGACAGGUCGUGCUGGUAAAACAGGGUUGGCUACAGCUUUCUUUAAUGAGAGCAAUUUGUCACUGGCAAGGCCACUAGCUGAGCUAAUGCAAGAAGCAAAUCAAGAGGUACCUGCAUGGCUCACCCGUUAUGCAUCCCGGGCUCCUUGUGGUGGUAACAAAAAUCGACGAUCUGGAGGAGGGCGUUUUGGUGGGCGUGAUUUCAGAAGGGAGGGUUCAUUUAGUAGGAAUCUGGAUUACUACGGUGGAGGGAAUGGUGGUAGUGCAUAUGGAGUUCCUGCCAAUUAUGGAGAAUAUGCUCCAGGCGUGACAAGUGCUUGGGAUUAGGUCACCACUUCAUACUGGAUUAUUAUUUUUUUUUGCUUUUCUCUUGAGUAUAUAUAUUUUCCAUCAGAAUUCAAGGAUUAAUUUGUCUCCAAUUUCUCGGUUCUAACAUAGGACAUAUUCUCAUGAGUUCUGUAGAGGGCUGUAGGAUUGAUGGUUAAAUUUUGACGAGGCAUCUGCAUAGCUGUGGUUGGGAUGGUGACAUAGGAAACUGACCAUUUACCGAGUCUGCUGGUGGCUGAUAAGGAAGUUAUGGUUGGGGAGGGUGAUCUAUGAAACUAACCAUUUAGGCUUGGGUGCAUCUGCACUUUCUCGCAUACUCCUUUUGGUGAAAUAUACCUAGGAGCAUAGGAUGCUAUAUAUAGGUACAUUUGUAACCAAAUUAUAGGAGGGUGAUGAAAGAAGAGAUGGGCGCCGGCAGGCCUUUACUGAUAACAGGAUCCUGCUGAUUAAAUGAUUUUGUUCAUUUUAUAGAAAGAGAUUGGGAGGGAAUGAACUUGACAUCAUCAUCAUGUCUUAUAAUAUUUUCAUCACUUCCCUAAUUCUGUCCAUAUUGAUGUGAAGCGGAUUGAUUAUCUCAUUGAGAGAAGCAAAUGUGCCUUUGUUUUCUAUAUUAUUCUAUCAUCCCUGUUCUUCAUGUUCUAUAGGUAAAGCCGUUGGCUGAAAAGAAAAAUAGUACUUCAUUUUGCACAUUCGGAUAUCUUGAUUUAUUUUGUUAAGAACUUGGAUAAAAACCGGUUAGAAUUUUUCAAGCAAUGAGUUAAUUGGUAUUUUGCUGCUUGCUGGAAUUGAACUUGGAUUCUUUGAAGGCAACUUCGAUACGCAUUUUAGGCUCAAUAGAGCUUUAACAAGAUUUGCACAAUGCCGAUUGGGUUUUAUCACAUAAAAAUAUUAAAAAUGGCUGCUGUUUGCUUUUAGGUUCAUUAGAUCACUAACCAGGA